GUUGCCGUCUGUUGCCCGAGGCCCCUGCCCAGUGGUAGGUUGCUGUCUGUUGCCCGAGGCCCCUGCCCAGUGGUAGGUUGCCGUCUGUUGCCCGAGCCCCUGUUGAGGGGUAGAUUGCCUUCUGUUGCCCGAGGCCCCCUGCCCAGUGGUAGGUUGCCGUCUGUUGCCCGAGGCCCCUGCCCAGUGGUAGGUUGCCGUCUGUUGCCCGAGCCCCUGUUGAGGGGUAGAUUGCCUUCUGUUGCCCGAGGCCCCUGCCCAGUGGUAGGUUGCCGUCUGUUGCCCGAGCCCCUGCCCAGGGGUAGAUUGCCGCCUGUUGCCCGAGCCCCAAGCCUAAAGGGGGGAGAUUGCCUGAAGACCCCCCCUGUG